UGCUCGGGGUACGGCAAGAACGGGGCCCUGACCGUGCUGCAGCGCAGCAUCCGGCCCCAGGUUGUCACCACCUUCGAGCUGCCCGGCUGUUACGACAUGUGGACGGUCACCGCGCCCCCCCCGCGGGAACAGCCCGAGGUGGCCCCGGGGACCAGCGCGGAGCCCGAGGCGGCGGCGGCGGCUCCGGAACCUUCUGAGGAGGACGGGGAACGUCACGGGUUCCUCAUCCUGAGCCGCGAGGACUCCACCAUGAUCCUGCAGACGGGCCAGGAGAUCCUGGAGCUGGACACGAGCGGCUUCGCCACGCAGGGCCCGACCGUGUACGCGGGGAACCUGGGCCAGGGCCAGUUCAUCGUGCAGGUGUCACCGCUGGGGCUGCGGCUGCUGCAGGGCGUGACCCAGCUGCACUUUGUGCCCGUGGACCUGGGCUCCCCCAUCGUGCACUGCGCCGUGGCCGAUCCCUUCGGGGUGCUGCUCAGCGCCGACGGCCACCUGGCCACCUUCACCCUCAAGGGGGACACCUACGGCGGCCGCGCCCCGCGCCUGGCCCUGCUGCGGCCACCCGUGUCACACCCGUCCCGCGUCACCGCGCUGUGCCUGUACCGGGACCUUUCCGGAAUGUUCACCACCGAGAGCCGCGCCCCCCGCGAGGAGCCCCCGCCCCGCCCCCACGCCGAGGCCGAGACCCUCAUCCAGGACCUCAGCGGCUCUGUGGAUGAUGAGGAGGAGAUGCUCUACGGGGACUCGGGGGGCUCGGGCCGUUCCCCGCCCCGGGAGGAGCCGCGGAGGGCGGGGCCCCCCGAGAGAGACCCCGCCCCCCUGAGCCCUGAGCCCUCCCACUGGUGCGUGCUGGCCCGCGAGAACGGCAACAUGGAGAUUUACCAGGUGCCCGAGUGGCGCCUGGUGUUCCUGGUGAAGAACUUCCCGGUGGGGCAGCGCGUGCUGGUGGAUUCGUCCUUCGGGCAGCCGGCGGCCGAGCCCCGCAAGGACGAGAGGGGCGAGAGGGAAGUGCCCCACGUCAGGGAGCUGCUGCUGCUGGGGCUGGGCCGUGCCCAGAGCCGCCCCUUCCUGCUGGUGCACGUGGAGCAGGAGCUGCUCCUGUACGAGGCCUUUGCCCACGACUCCCAGCUGGGCCAGAGCAACCUCAAGGUUCGGUUCCGCAAGGUGCCCCACGGCAUCAAUUUCCGCGAGAAGAAGCCGAAGCCGUCGCGGAAGAAGCCGGAGGGGCCGGGGGGGACCCCCGGGGGGGCUCCGGGAGGGACCCCCGAGGAACCGGGGGGGCCCCGGGGCCGCGUGGCGCGGUUCAGGCCCUUCCACGACAUCUACGGCUACUCGGGGGUGUUCAUCUGCGGCCCCUCCCCGCACUGGCUGCUGCUGACGGGCCGGGGCGCUCUGCGCCUGCACCCCAUGGGCAUCGACGGCCCCGUGGAAUCGUUCGCGCCCUUCCACAACGUCAACUGCCCCAAGGGCUUCCUGUACUUCAACCGGCAGGGCGAGCUCAGGAUCAGCGUGCUCCCCGCGUACCUGUCGUACGACGCGCCCUGGCCCGUGCGCAAGAUCCCCCUGCGCUGCACCGCGCACUACGUCGCCUACCACGUGGAGUCCAAGGUGUACGCGGUGGCCACCAGCUCCCCCCACCCCUGCACGCGGAUCCCGCGCAUGACGGGGGAGGAGAAGGAGUUCGAGAGCAUCGAGAGAGACGAGCGCUACGUCCCCCCCCAGCAGGAGGCCUUCAGCAUCCAGCUCAUCUCACCCGUCAGCUGGGAGGCCAUCCCCAACACCAGGAUCGCCCUGGAGGAGUGGGAGCACGUCACCUGCAUGAAGACGGUGUCGCUGCGCUCCGAGGAGACGGUGUCGGGCCUCAAGGGCUACGUGGCCGUGGGCACCUGCCUGAUGCAGGGCGAGGAGGUCACCUGCCGGGGCCGGAUCCUGAUCCUGGACGUGAUCGAGGUGGUGCCCGAGCCGGGGCAGCCGCUGACCAAGAACAAGUUCAAGGUGCUCUACGAGAAGGAGCAGAAGGGACCCGUGACGGCGCUGUGCCACUGCCACGGCUACCUGGUGUCUGCCAUCGGGCAAAAGAUCUUCCUGUGGAGCCUGAAGGACAACGAGCUGACGGGCAUGGCGUUCAUCGACACGCAGCUCUACAUCCACCAGAUGAUCAGCGUCAAGAGCUUCAUCCUGGCCGCCGACCUGAUGAAGAGCAUCUCGCUGCUGCGCUACCAGGAGGAGAGCAAGACGCUGUCCCUCGUCAGCCGGGAUGCCAAGCCACUGGAGGUCUACAGCGUGGACUUCAUGGUGGACGGGAGCCAGCUGGGAUUCCUGGUGUCGGACCGCGACCGGAACCUGCUGGUGUACAUGUACCUGCCUGAAGCCAAGGAGUCCUUCGGGGGGCUGCGGCUGCUGCGCCGCGCCGAUUUCCACGUGGGCGCGCACGUCAACACCUUCUGGCGCACGCCCUGCCGCGGGCACGGCGAGGGGCCCAACCGGCGCAGCAGCACCUGGGAGAACAAGCACAUCACCUGGUUUGCCACGCUGGACGGGGGCCUGGGGCUGCUGCUGCCCAUGCAGGAGAAAACCUACAGGAGAUUGCUGAUGCUGCAGAACGCGCUCAGCUCCGCCCUGCCGCACCUGGCCGGCCUCAACCCCAGGGCCUUCAGGUUGCUGCAGUCCGAGCGCCGGUUGCUGCAGAACGCCGUGCGGAACGUCCUGGACGGGGAACUGCUGGGCAGGUACCUGUACCUGAGCGCCAUGGAGAGGGCGGAGCUGGCCAAGAAAAUCGGCACCACCCCCGAGAUCAUCCUGGACGACCUCCUGGAGAUCGACCGAGUCACCGCCCACUUCUGAGGGACCCAAAACCCACACAAUUCCCCCCAAAAUUCCCCUCCAAAAAUCCCCAAAAAUACAAAAAUUCCAAAAAAAAAUCCUCAAAACUCAAAAAAAUCCCCCAAAAAAUCCCCCAAAAACCUCCAAAAUUCCCAAAAAGAAGAAAAACGCUCCCUAAAAAUCCCCCCCGAAGAAACCCCAAAAAUUGUAAAAAAUUCCCAAAAAUCCCCUCCCAAAAAUUUCUUAAAAUCCUUAAAAAUUCCCCCCCAAAAAAAUUUCCUAAAACCCCCCAAAAAAAUCCCAAAAAAACUCCCAAAAUUUUUUUUUUAAAAAUCCCCCAAAAUGUCCCUUAAAAACCCCCCAAAAUCCCCAAAUUUUGCUACAAAUCCCCCCCAAAAAAACCCAAAUCCCCAAAUUUCACCACAAAUCCCAAAUAAAAAUCCCCAAAAAUCCCAAAACCCCCCAGAAUUCCGGUUUGUAAUAAAACACAAUUUUCGA